AGUGAUACUUCCCUCUGACAGAGCUCUGACUGUGGUUAUGAAAAAUGGCUAUUCCAACUAUGAAUAUUUUCAGGCAUUCUAAUUGAGGACUUAAAAAUGGAACAUCAACCCCAAACAUUAUAAACAUUAUAUUACUCUAAAAAACUGAUAUUGUUGAGUGAAGAAAGGGGAGAUAACAAUAAUGGAAGAAGAAGCAGCUGCCAUGUUAUUGGACUAUCUUGAAUCCUGGGGUUCUAACUAUGACUGGAAGGCUGUUUUUUUUAUGACCUUCCUUGUAAUUACUUUUGAGCUACUCCUCCUGGAACUUUGUAGGAUUUGUCAUAAAAAGCUUGCAGAAAGAAAGAUCCAGAAAGAGAGCAGCUCAAAUUCUUUGGAGGGGGAAGAAAAUACUUUUCUGAAAAACUUUGGAUAUGAAAACUGGCCACGUACUCAGUUACCUCCAAAAAGAAGAUCUUCAUUCUUUCCUCCCUGCGUUCUCUGCUGCUCUCCUACAUUGAGAAAACAAGAAAAGUGAAAUCCCUAUUACAAACGCAUAUAAUCAAGCAAAAGAAAUUCCCACA